AUUAACAACAACCAAUGUAUGAUAACAUAUAUAACAGAAGAUUGUUUAUUGAAUUGGAUAUAAGAUUAGUUAAAAGGGUUUGUAAAUCAAAGAUCAAAAAUGUGAAACACGUCAUUAUUGAAUCAAAGGAAUUCCACCACCACCUUCAGCUUUUCAAUGGACUACAAAUGCCACUAUUCAAUUAAUAAAAUUAAUAAAAGAAAUCUCCACAGGCAAUUCAAUCAAAUACCAAAUCGCAUCCACAUCAAUGUAUGGACUCUUAAAAUCCAAUAUAAUUCAAUUUAUAGACAAAUUAAAU